AUGGAGAAUAUCUCCCUCUCUGUGAACGAUCUUCUAGCAUGCUGUGGCUUUUUGUGUGGAUGUAGUUGUGAUGGAGGGUAUCCCCUAAAUGCAUGGCGAUACCUAGUCAGCCAUGGUGUUGUCAAUGAAGAGGUUCUAAACCAGCUGGUCAAGGAGCAGCCGACUAUGGCACUCGGAGUUGGGACUAUUCUCAGGAUUGAGAAUGCAAAAGCAGCAAUCAAUGCUGGAGCAAAAUUUCUGAUGAGUCCAGCAAUUGUUAAGGUUUGAAUUUUGAGAUCUUAGUAGUAUAUUAGGAUUUCAGAUAACAAUUGCUAGUGCUUGGUCAUAAUGUUUUGUUAUUUCUUUUAUUUUUUUUUCUUUUUCUUUAUUUU